AUGAAUAAGAGAGUUGGGCCCUACGUCCCACCUGGGAACAGGGAGUCUGGUGAUAGAAAAGCUAGGGUUAAUAUGUCACGCGUUGAGGAUAUUAUGCAAAAGAUGAUGAAAAGGUUUUACACUACUGAUCAGAACGUGAAAGAGAUACGCACUGAGUUGUCCGAGAUUGCCUGGCAAGUUCCUAGCAACACCAUCCAGAAUUCAAAAAAUGAUGGGCAUUUUAUGGCAAUCACGACUUGUGGAGGAAAGCAGAUUAUUGAUUCUCCCAUGCCAUCUGAUGUGGAAAAAGUGGCUGAAAACGAUGAUGAUGAGAAUGAGGUUACUGGAGAAUCUAAAAAUGCCACAGAGAAGGAAGGAGAGAUAACCCAAAAAGUUAUCCCCAUGCAGAGAACUCCACCUCAUUUCCCACAGAGGUUAGUGCAAAAGACCGAAGAAGGAAAAUAUCGCAGGUUUAUAACUAUAUUGAAACCAUUUUCCAUCAAUGUCCCUUUGAUAGAAUCUUUGAAGAAAAUGCAUGGGUAUGCAAAGUUCAUGAAGGACUUGGUGACUAAAAAGAGGGUUGUCAGUUUUGAGAAUGAUAAGAGGUUGCAACAUUGUAGUGCCAUUUCUACAAGGUCACUGGUACAAAAGAAAGAGGAUCCUGGAGCUUUCACUAUUCCGUGCACCAUUGGUAAGAUGCACAUUGCGAAAGGUUUGUGUGAUUUAGGUGCCAUCAUUAACUUGAUUCCAUUGUUGAUUUAUAAUAAGUUGGGUUUAGGGGAUCCAAAACCAAGUACGAUGCGCUUACUUAUGGCUGAUAGAACUGUGAAAAAGCCUAUUGGAGUGAUUCAAAAUGUCCUUGUGAAAGUGGGGUCAUUCAUUUUUUCGACAGACUUUGUGAUACUUGAUUGCGAGGUUGACUUUGAGGUCCCCAUCAUCUUAGGGAGACCAUUCCUUGCUACUGGGCAUGCCUUAGUCGAUAUGGAGAGAGGGCAGAUGAAGUUUUGA